AGCAAUCAUUCACACUGUGCCCGAGCAGUCACCUGCCUGUGUCAAUGCGAAAAGCUGCUGCCUACUCCUCAUCCUCCGGCAGACUGAAGAUCGCUGCUCGCCAGCAACAACAGCGCCAUAAUCUCAGCCCUGUCCCUGAACUGGUAGUGAUCGGAAAGGGAUUGUCUCGAGGAAGCGCAGACCGUGUGGACCCUCUGCCAGUACAGUUCACACACCCUGUGCAAGAAGCCAUCCAUAACUACACAUGUGAAUCAGUUUACUCUCUUCCAUCCAGUGGACAAACUACCCCCACAGAGUUAAAUAAUUCAUGGUCAGGAAUACAGAGCUAUACUACUGGACUGUCCACCGAGAGGAGCUCAGUUUAUUCCUGGACAGAUGAUGAGUUUGAUAAAGCCAAUGCACAGAGGGUCCAUCAGUUGUUCUGGGAUGUGGAUGAGAUGCUUUUUGAGGACACUGUCACUUCACAGAACAAGAACCUGCAAGCAGAGUGCAAAGACUGGACUGAGAGAUCACCCCAUCUCAGGAUUUUAGGAAAACAACUAAUUUAUCCUAAGGAUGAAGGCUUUCAGCACAUCCAGAGUAAAACAUCAAGUCUCUCCACAACAGGUUCAGGUGCUGUUUACCAAAGUACUGCUGAAGGCAUUGGAUCCUUAAGAAAACUGUGUGUGUCUGGGUCGAGGCUGGUCCCUUCAGCAUCUCCAUUACAACAAACCAAGGAGUCCAUAUCCAGCUUAAGUUCACUGGAUUUUCAGUCCUCAACCUACUCAUUUCUGGAAGAAGAAAUCUAUGAUGCAGAUGGCACUGUUGAAGAGUACCUUGCCUAUGACAGCAGAGAACAUGAUGAUGAGAGUCUGGAUCAGAAAAAGGCUCAUCUACACCAGAAGAGGUCUAGGCGUGGCAUUCCUCCUGUUUCUCCUAAUGAUUGCAUCAAAGACACUGUAGCUGCAGAAGCUUUUGAUGAUGUCUGGAAAAAUGUUGUGGAAUCUUUGAGAGAGCUCAUUAUUAAAUCAUGGGAAUUAGGCACAGAUGAACUAAAACAAUCAGAAAAUAUUUCAAGUACAGCAAAUAAGUAUCUUCAGCUUCCAGUUCCACGGAUAACAUCAGCAACGACUGGAGUUCCCCCAUCCCGGGGUUCAGAGGCACGGAGUAUGUCCUUUGGCACUUAUGUCUUUACACCACAGACCAGUCGUAACGUAAGUGGUGACCUGAAUGGAGUAAUGACAAUACAAGCUAAACCAUUACAACACAGAAAUUCUGCCCUCUCUGAGAAGACACAUGAACAAGAAGACAAAUCUUUAAACAUUUUCCCCAGAGGAUUGAACUCUGCACGGAACCGGUUAGGAAGGCUGAAUGACAGCAGUGCUCUCUCAUCCUCGCGCCUCCUGCACACUCCUUCCAGGAAAACACCUACACAUCGCAGACUGCCUGCUCUCACUUUAGAGCCCAUCCCAUCUAAAACACCUAAUGUUUACAGUGAUGAAGUGCUCAGGGGUACAAAACUAUACACAGGACUGGACAGACUAUCUUCACCAUCUAUUCAAACCAUCAGGAAUAAGUUACCCCCAAUUAACUCUGAUACAGUGGAUCAACAUCUGUCUGUACCUGGUUCUCGACAUUCAGCUAACAGAGGAAAGCAUCCUCAUAGCCGGGUUUCUAGUGCUGUGCCGGAUACCACGGGAAGACGCCCCCUACGGGAGAGAACUGUCAUUGGGGAACAAUUUUCAAGACCCAAUACAACCCACACUUUCAGGUCAGAGACAUCCCAUAGAAGAUCCUUUACCCCUUUGGACUUUGCUAAUCAUACAUGGACAGGACAAGCUUUUCUAACAAGUUCACAGUAUCAACCAAAAUCAUUUCAGAGGAAUCCACCGAUUUCGAGAAGAAGGUUUCAAGUGGCCUCUUAAUGAGCAGUAACACUGCUUUGCAUCUAAUCAAUGGGUCCACAGCUCUCCCAACGCACAUGUGCACAAUUUGUAACAAAACUGGCCAUUUUGAUGAAGGACUAUUAAGUGAUACAUUUAAUAAUAUGGGGUCUACCUUGAUAUAUUUAACAUAA